AUGCAAGCUGAAGGUGCCAAGGCUGGUGUUUUGGGAGGAUCCUGCCGAAUUGGGGUAAGAAUACCCCCGUUCAACCCUGAUGACCCUGAACUAUGGUUCGCGCAACUGGAAGGGCAGUUCACAUUGUCCAGCAUCAGCGCUGACGCCACGAAAUUUUACUACGUCCUGUCACAGCUGGAACCGCAACAUGCAGCAGAAGGGCGUGUACACCUAAUAGUUUCCCCACCGGCCGCAAACAAGUUUGAUACUUUGAAGAUGGAGCUGAUACGAAGACUGUCUGCUUCCCAGGAACGAAAGAUCAAACAGCUGUUAAUGCAUGAGGAGAUAGGAGACAGAAAGCCGACACAAUUCCUUCGGCAUUUGCAGCACCUAGCUGGAGCAAAUGUACCAUCUGAGUUCAUCAGGACAAUGUGGGCAAGCCGACUUCCUACACACCUGCAGACCUGCAUCGCCGCGCAGCAAAUGAAGAUGUCACUAGAAGACUUGGCCGAGCUUGCAGACCGUGUCAAUGACGUUUUUCCUACAACUAUUCUAGCCAACAGUCCAAUACUUGCGCAAGUAGCUAGCUAUAAUAAGGCUUCAAUCUUAACGCGGACAGUGACAGAGCUCAGCCAAAAAGUGGAAGCAAUGAGUAUGGAGUUACGUAGGCGUUCACGUUCACGCUCUAACGGUUCAAGAAGAAAAUACGCGCCCCCGUUCACGCUCACGUCCUAG